UUCGAAUUCCGGGAUCUCUGAAAUGAGCGAUCCACAAUGGAGAGCGUGGCGAAGUGGGCUCUUCUAUCCUUGGACAACAAAUUACAAAACGACAAAUGUUCAGUGGGUUCUUCCAUCGGUUUAAAAGUAAAAGGUAUGGGUCCCACACGGCUGAGAGGUCAGACCCAGGAGUUGCCACGUUGGCGUUCAACAGGGCUAGCUCGUGUCCCCGCCGGUGUCCGAAAGGCACUCCGGAGGCUGAGUUGCUCCGAAUCUUCUUUCCCCAAAUAAAACGCACAAUAUUUACCUUCUCCUUCAAUUCAACUCUUGCGCCUUUGCAAUGGCAAUCUCCAGAAUGCUCCGCACGCCGUCUCCGCCUAUCCACCUUUCUUCUUCUUCUUCUUCUAACGCUCCCUCCUUCACCACAUUUCUACGAUCCCAAAGCAAUAAGGCCGCUCCGGAUCCGAAGGCAUCCCUCACAUCCCACCCUCCACCUGUAGCUCCUCCGUCAGGAUUCUCCGCCUUCACUGCGACCUUGGUGCCGAGUUUUGGGCGUCUCAUGAACUCUCUUAUAUUGACCACCUCCUCUCCUCUCAAAACUCGCCCUUCCGAUCUACAGCUCCAGCUGCUUAUUCAGAAGGCCAUCAUUGAUUGCCGGUUUUUGACAUUAUUUGCCGUGUUAGGAUCUCUACUUGCUUCCGUAUUAUGUUUCUUUGAGGGUUUUGCUCUUGUUAUCCAGUCCUACGCUCAAUAUUUUCGUAUCUGGUCAAACAUGUCGGAUCAAGGCCAUGUGGUCAAACUACUAAUCGAAGCCGUAGAUAUGUUCCUGGUAGGAACUGGCAUGCUCAUGUUUGGGGUGGGUUUGUACGUCAUGUUUGUCGGAUCCAAGACUGAAGAACAGCCAUGGCUUUAUGGACCAGACUUUCAGUCAACUCCACGAUGGAUGGGAAUAGAAUCUAUUGGACAGGCAAAGUCGAAAAUUGGGCAUGCAGUGAUGCUGAUACUUCAGGUCGGAGUGUUGGAGAAGUUGAAGGACGUUCCUGUAGUCACGGGGUUCGAUCUUGCUUGCUUUGCAGCAGCAAUACUGACAUCUUCAGCUUGCAUUUUUCUGCUGUCCAGACUUGCUCGAUAAUCAAGUCUCAUAGGGAGUUAUGAAUUCAACCGAAAAAAUGGAGUUCCACCUAUAAUGGGGCCAGCUUUUUAAUUACCAAAAAUUUCCCUUUUCUUUUCCCUAACAACAAGGAUAUGGUUAGAUAGUUAUCCAACGGGACCCAAUUCAUUGAUUGGAUUUGGGCAUGUCACUCAUUCGUUCCUCCCAUCUCUCCAAGGCAGAGUAGUAUUUCAGGAUUUCUGAAUUAAUAUUGAUUUGUCGUUA